AUGAGUCCUUGCUUGCAAAUACUACAACUAUGUACAAAAACCCUAACCAUCCAGAAAAGCAAGCAGCCAUGGACAUUUAGAGUCUGCUCCAUCAUUGACCCACUUUCUUGAUUGUCUUGAUCAACAAAAUGAACGGUUCAUAUUCCUCCAAAAGAGCAGAGCCAAGACAACCUUUUCUUUCGUAAAGAAAUGAAAAGGUUAGUCUAUUCAUCGAGAAAAAGAAAAGGAAAAAGAAAAAGAAAAGCCCUCCUCUUCCCUUCUCUACUAAGUUACUUCCCUAAAGGUCCUCCAAGCUUUGCUUUAUUCAUCAUCCCUCUCUCUUUGUCCCUCUCUUUCAUCAAAUCAAGAUAACAAACUUGCAAAUCUAAUCUUAGAUCUUUAGUAUAGUAUCUCUUAUUGUUAGUUUCAUUUAAAGAUUGUGUCUUUUUGUAACCAAAACAUCAAGGUUACUGUUUUUUUAUGUAUUGAGACUGCCCAUUUGAUCUAAUAAAUUCUUGUUUUUUUGGUUAAAGAUCAAAACUUUCAUCUGUAUUUUGUUUAUGGAAACAAGGAGCUCUGUGUUUGCAAACCCAAAACCCUGUAAGCAUCUUGCAGAUUAUAAGCUGAGGCAUGGCUUGAGUGGAUACAAAUUCCUUCAAAAAUGGCUCAAAACCUUUCCAAAUGGAAAGACAAGCAUUAAAAUGUGUGAAACAACGAUGCCCAAAUGCAGUUUUUGUAGUGGGAUUCGUCAAGGUAGACUGUUUCUGUGUCUGAUUUGUUCUUCAACGUCUUGUUCAGACCAUACCCUUUUGCACAGUCAAUCUGAGAAUGGCCAUGAUAUAGCUGUUGACAUUGAAAGAUCAGAACUUUAUUGUUGUUCUUGUAGGGAUCAGGUCUAUGACCUUGAUUUUGAUAAGGUAGUUGUGGCUAAAAAUAUUGUGGAUAUGCCAAGUAAGACACGUGAUAGUGUUGUUGAUGAUUUAAUGAGGAGAUCAAGCAAGAGGAGGAGGUUGAAUUCAGUGGUGGAUUUGGAUUUGAUAAGGUCUAAAUUUUUUGUUUGGAUGAGGGGUCGAAGGGCGAAAUCGUGCUAUCCAUUGGGAUUAAGAGGAUUGAAUAAUUUGGGCAGUACUUGUUUCAUGAAUUCUAUUUUGCAAGCUUUGCUCCAUGCACCACCGUUCAGGAAUUACUUCUUGAGUGAGAGACACGACCGUGAAACUUGUAGGAAAAGAUCAUCAGAUCAAUCGUGUUUGGCUUGUGAUAUUGGUGUAAUUUUCUCAGCUGUUUAUUCCGGGGAUCGGACACCUUAUAGUCCAGCUCAGUUUCUUUACAGAUUCAGUUUUUUUCUGUCACUGUUUAAAGGUAGACUAGAGAUAUGUUAUAUCCCAUCAGGUAUCAGCUAGCAGAAAGUAUGGUGUCUUAAGGAUUUUUUCAAGCAGGUUUUCUUCUCUUCUCCUAUAUUUCUGAUA